AUGCAGAAAUUGACUCGUGUUUUCACCGCACCAACUUACACCGAGGCGGCCACUGCCACUGCCACUCAACGCUUCUUCGACGUCCCCGACUCCCACGGCCUGCACCUGGCCUACACCACAGAAGACCAUGCCGGAGACAUUGUCUUCAUCCACGGCCUAGGCGGCUCUCCUCGCAAGACGUGGUCACGCGGCCACGGCACCGGCGCCUUUUGGCCGCACUGGCUGAGCGACGACGGCCCUGCCGCGCCAUCGCCGCACGGCGACGGGGACGCCCUCUCGCGGUUCCGCCUCUGGGCAUUCGGCUACAACGCCAAGUUCAAAGGCCCGCAGACCAAUCUCGAAAUCGCCGACUUUGCUACAGACCUGCUGCUGCUGCUGUGCGGCGAGACGCGCAUCCGCGAGAGCGGCCGCCGCGGCCGCCGCAGCACGCCGAUCCUGCUAGUCGGGCACUCUCUCGGCGGGCUCGUGGCCAAGAAGGCGUGCGCGAUGCUGGCGGCGGCGGGGCACGCGGGGCCUUAUGCCGCGCUGCGCGGCCGCAUCAGGGGUAUUCUGUUCCUGGCGACGCCGCACCGGGGGUCGCCGUACGCGGGCGUGCUCAACAAUGUGCUGACGGUGGCGCCGGCGGCGGGCGGGGCGUCGUCGCAGCCGUACGUUGCGGAGCUGGCGGCAGGGUCGGCGGUGGUGCAGGGCAUAUCGAAUGAGUUUCAGGACGAGGCGCAGGGGAUGCUGCUGUGCUCGUUUUACGAGACAAAGAAGAUGAGGGUCGGCUUCACGUCCAUCAUGGUCGUCGAUGAAGCAUCGUCCGUCAUGGGCUAUGCGCAUGAAUUGUCCUAUGGGUUGGAGGCAGAUCAUCGUUCCAUCUGCAAGUAUCGCAGCAGGAAUGAUGAGAAUUUCUGCAAGGUCAAGGCUGUGCUGAAGAUGUGGACUUGCCAGCUCGUAUCGAUUAUCAGUCAGCAAGUUGUCCAGUUGCACGGCGAACGCUUUCCAUACCAGCUUCAUCCAUGCUGGGACUCGGCGAGCUUGGAAAGUCUCGACCCGAUGCACGUGGCACUGUUGAUGAGGCGGCUCUUGAAUGGCGACGAUACAGAGCCUGCUAUGAACCUAUAUCAGGCCUAA